AUGCAGCGGCUGCAUCCCUGCCCUUGCUGCGGAUACGAGGUCUUCUCUGGUGCAGGUGGCACCUUUGAAAUCUGUCCCAUUUGCUUCUGGGAGGACGACUUGUACCAGCUGACAAAUGCCACUGAUCGCGUCGGGGCAAACACGGUCUCAUUGCAGGAGGCGCAGCGCAACUUCGAAAGGAUAGGGGCAUGCUGUCCUUCAAAUUUGUCGUCUGGUCCAGCGAUGGGAGGCGCGCACAUCGGCCACUGCCUGGGUGCCCUUUCGCAGAGGCGGGGGACGUCUGUGGUCACGAUCCAUGGCGACAGAAAGCGCACCGGGCGCCAGUUGUUCGGCAGGAUUGCUGAGCUCAGCGCUGACCUCAGCAGCUCCGGGGUGGCUGCUGGCGACAGAGUGGCUCUGGCGGGGUUGAACAGUGACUAUUACCUGGAGUGGCUGCUGGCAGUCCCGUGCGCAGGGGCAAUUGUUGCACCACUGAACCACAGAUGGAGCAUAAGCGAGGCCGCCGAAGCCAUCAACAGGAUUGAGGCCAGCCUGCUUGUGCUCGACGAAUUCUGUUGGGGCUGGUGGGAGCACCUGAGGGAACGGUGCCCGUCCGUGAGAGCCGCUGUUCGAAUGGAGACUCCCAGCUUCCGAACGGGUUUCCAGGACUUUCAACCGGACUCCCAAGGCGUCCGAACGAAUCCCGAAGGUGUCCGGACGGAUUACAGGGGUGUCCGAACGGAGGGGAAGGCUGUCCGAUUGGAACGGGAAACAUUCAGCACGGAGCUUAGAAGUGCACGGAUCGAAUUUGAAAGUGUUCGAAAGGAUUGUGAAGUUGUUGCAAUGGAUUGCCGAGGAGUCCAAACGCUUUCUCCGCCGAACAUUUCACGGGAUACGGUGCUCGAGUCACAUCUCAGCCAGGAGAGGCAAAGUGCAAGGGACAGUUCCGUGGAUCGUGAACGCAUGGGGUUCAACGUCCCGGAGUUAAACUUGGUGACGGCGCCAGGAGAAGUCGCUCUCAUCUGCUUCACUUCUGGGACCACCGGCGCUCCCAAGGCAGCGGUGCUGAGCCACACGGCCCUGGUAACGCAGUCCCUGGCCAAGAUUGCUGGAGUCGGGUACUCCGACCGGGAUGUGUACCUCCACGCGGCCCCUUUGUGUCACAUCGGCGGCCUCAGCUCCGCGCUCGGCAUGCUCAUGGCCGGGGCGACCCACGUGUUCCUGCCGCGCUGGCGUGUCGACGAAGCGAUCGCAGCCGUCCAGGCGCACCACGUGACCACCUUCAUCGCCGUCCCCGCCAUGCUCGCUGACAUCAUCCAGGCGGUCGGUGACGUCAGCGAGAAUUGGGAAGGGAUCCGGACGCCGUUUUGGGGUAUUCGGACGCUUCUUGUGGGGGGAGGGGGACUGGGGCGCAUGGCGCCAGACGUGGCGCGCCUCUUCCCGAAUGCGGUCAUUGCAACUGCGUAUGGCAUGACAGAAGCAUGUUCCUCCAUCACGUUCGAUAUUGUUCGUGAGCCCCAGCGUCAAGAGCCCGCCCUCCCUCGAUGGAUUACCGUUGAGCCGGACCGACCUAAUGACGCAGCGUCAACGUUCAGCGGAAGUUGGGCUGUCUGUGUCGGGAGGCCCGCCCCUCACCUCGAAAUCAGAGUAAUCACCGCCGGUAAUGGGUUGGUGAAACCGCUAGAAAACGGUGCCGAUUCCAACGAGAUCAGGAAAGAAGCGCCGAGUUGCUCGCAGUCGGGAUUAGGAAACACUGAUAGCGAUUUCUCCGGAGCAGCAACGAAACGGACAACCGCAACCGCUGGGAUUUUGCCCCAGCGGGAGCCGAAGUCACCUUUGCAAGCAACGGAGUUCGGUUCCAGAAUGGGGGGCUUAGAAGGGGCGCAUUUCGACCCCCCCUUUCGAGAAGGGGUGAUCCAGGUCCGGGGGCCGAACGUCUUUUCGGGUUACUGGAACCAGCCUGAGGAGACCGCAAACGUGCUCAGUAAAGACGGCUGGUUUAGCACGGGGGACGUGGGUUAUAUCGAUAACCGGGGCCGGUUAUGGCUGUGCGGCAGGGAAAAGGACAUGGUCAAGACGGGCGGGGAAAACGUGCACGCAGCCGAGGUGGAGACGAUUCUUAUCCAGCACCCCGGAGUUGCCGCGGCCGCCGUUGCGGGCUUACCCGACGCGCGCUUGGGCGAGCAAGUGGCCGCGCUCCUAGUUCUCAUGGACGGCUGGACUUGGGGAGGCCCUGUUGACGGCCAGGUUCACCAUUUGGAUGCAGCGAAGAUGCGGCGGCACUGCCACCAACGGGGCCUCACACGGUACAAGGUCCCAAAAGUGUUUGCCGCACAGACCGGUCCGCUGCCUGUGACCUCCACAGGGAAGGUGCAGAAGAACGUCGUCCGACUUCUGCUCCAACAACGCAUACAAAGGGACGGUGGGGCGCAGUCGACUUCCCUAGGGACGCGGAGCAAGCUUUGAUACGUUUUACGGGUCGCAGGAGAACCGUGAACCCGUUGAACGUUUCAUAACCUUGUCCUUACGUUGUUCCAGCCGUCUCUUAGCGAGAACUUAUUGUCGAAAGGCCGGGAAGGCUGCAAAUCAAGACACCACACGUUGGGCGUCGAAGAUGACAGUUUUGCACUCUUGGAAAAGAAGAGUCCCGCUCUAACAAGAUUCUCGGGGUUCUCCCACGGUUCUGGUGCAUGCAUCCGGACAAGACGCGUUAAGAAUCAGAGCAAGCUUUCAGCAACGGCC